UUCAACAAAUUGUAAGAAUAACACUUGGGUUGAUAGAAGAUCAGAACAUGUGCACGGAGAGUUUAUACAAAAAAAAUGGAAGAAUUGACCCAAGCAUCAUCUUUGCAGGGAACUCCCCCACCAAAAGAAUUAGAUGUGUGGUGUGAGGUUGCAGGAAUAAACAAAGGUCGAGUGUAUGGUCUUGGAAUGGAAUCUACUGUAUUAGUAGGGAAGGGGAGGCCAAAUUAUCGUGGCUCAUGUUCUUCAUCAACUGAGUGGGUACAAAGACAUGAACUUGAAGAAAUGAGAAAUGAAAGAGAUCAACAAAGACAUGAAUUUGAGGAAAUGAGAAAGGAAAGAAAUCAACUUCGUAAGGAAUUGGUUAAUACAAAUAGAGCUGUUGAGCAAAACAACCAAAUGCUAAAACAAUUGAUGGAAAGCUUGAACUUUCGGCACAUGUCAUAUACCAGAGACCGAGUUCAUGAUGAUGAUGACGAUGAGGUUGGUGAUGAUGAUGAUGAGGCUGGUGGUGAGUAUUAUGAUGAGGAAUUAGAUAGUGAAUCUGAAAGAAAAAAAUUAUGUUGCAUCUUGUUAGGACCAAAACAUAUGAUGUAUUUUUUUUUGAGUACUUUCAAGCACUUAAUAUUAAAUGUUUAAUUGACUGUCUCUA